CUACUCUGGUAGCAGCAGACGGAGGAGCGGACGGAGCGCAUUUGCAGCGUCAUUUCGAGAUGGCGGAUCGUGCAGAGGCUGUGAGGGAGUUUGUUACUGUGACUGAUGUAGACGAGGAAAGGGCCCUUUUUUUCCUGGAAUCGGCCGGCUGGGAUUUGCAGCUGGCUCUGGCCAGUUUCUACGAGGACGGUGCAGAAGAUGAAGCUGGGAUACUGCCUCAGCCAGAGAGACCUCCGGUUCAAGAAAUAUCCAGUCAGCCCAGAGUCACAUCCUUCAGAGACCUUGUGCAUGAAGACCAGGAUCAAGGUGAUGAGGAGGGACAGAGGUUCUAUGCUGGGGGAUCUGAGCGAAGUGGACAACAGAUUUUGGGCCCCCCCAAAAAGAAGAGCUCUCAUGAGGUGGUGGAGGAUCUUUUUAAGGGCGCUAAGGAGCAUGGAGCUGUCCCAGUGGACAAGGCUGGCAAGAGUCCUGGAGAAUCUAGCAAGGCUCGGCCUUUCUUAGGUGGGGGUUACAGGCUGGGUGCAACAACCGAGGAGCAGUCCACCUAUGUGGCUGGGGAGAGGCGGUCUUCAGAUUCUAAACAGGAAGUACACGUGGUGCUGAAGCUGUGGAAGGAUGGCUUCAGCCUCAAUGAUGGCGAACUUAGGACCUACUCUGAUCCUGGAAAUGCCCAGUUCCUGGAGUCAAUACGCAGAGGUGAGAUCCCCAUGGAGCUGAGGCAGUUAUCUCGAGGUGGGCAGGUCAACGUGGAUAUGGAGGACCACCGGGACGAAGAGUACUCCAAGCCCAAGCUUGCCUUCAAGGCUUUUGGUGGCGAGGGCCAGAAGCUGGGCAGCGCGACCCCACAAGUGGUCUCAUAUGCUGGGAUGUCAAGGGCCACUCCGAAUCAAGAAGCUGAAGCAAGCACCGCCAUUGUCCUGGACGACAUGCAGCCCAUCACCAAUAUCCAGGUGCGGCUGGCCGAUGGCAGCCGUCUGGUGCAGAAGUUCAAUCACACCCACAGGGUAUCAGAUGUGCGUCGCUUCAUCGUGGGAUCCCGACCAGCUAUGGCAGCAGUGGAGUUUCUGCUGAUGACAACAUUCCCUAACAAGGAGCUUAGGGACGAGAGCCUGACCCUGUCACAAGCUGGUCUGCUCAAUGCUGUCAUCGUGCAAAGGCUGAAGUAAUAAUCCCCCCCAUUCACUGGACCAUGUGAGGGGGAGGGAGGUAGUACAACUUUGACUCCCGGUUGGGAAACACAGAGUUCUGGACCUGCAGAUUGGUGUGAUGUGUUUUUGAAGUUCAGUUCCUUGGAGAAUGCCUUGCCUCUCAACACCAUGGGACUGUCAGCAAUGGCUUGUGCACAUUGACUGAAAUGGGAGGCAAGAUUCAGACGAGAUUGGAAGGAUUCCUCAACAAAGUAUUGUUUAAAGUUAGUAGGAAAGAAACACAAUAAAACAAUAAAAAAAAACAUCAAAUGUCUUACCUCAAGGCUUGGUUUCUUAAUUAAUUGGAAUUCAAAACACUCCCUGUUGUCCAAGUUGUAUCUAUAUCCCAAAAGCCUUGAUUUCUAUUAUUUAUAUCAGUCAGUCUUUCCUUCACAAGACAAACUAAUCAGAAGUUUUUCUUUACAUCUUUAUUUACACCAAGGAAUUGUUUUGGGCAAGAAUAAUAUACAUGAUAUGAAUUAGCAUUUUUAAUAAUUGUAAUGAUAUAUUUUUCUGUACUCUGUUUUUCAUAGGGUUUAUAUUUAUGUAUGGUGUUGCAGUGACAUUGAUUUCACAGCAGAGGGCAGUGUUUAAGGAGUUUUUAGGCAGAUUUCCUGAGCAUGAAUUUUCAACUUACUAAAAUAUUAAUCCAUCUGUGAAGUCUGCUGUCCAUUCUUUUUCAUAGUUGCGCAAGCUGAUCGUGCAGCUCACUGUAAUUUUUUUCCAAUGUGGCAUUGAUACUGAUUUAAUUUCUUUCAACCACUUGUGACUUGAUGAUGUCCUUGUUGUUUUUCUUAACUGAAGUUGUGCAUAGAGAUGUGGCAGGCCCAUGUAUUUAAUAACUGAGUAUGCUGACAACAUUGUUAGGCUAAUAGAUGCAGGAUGUGAGACAUUUGUGUUUGGAGAUGCACUCUGAUGGCAUAACUAGAAUACAGAUGGAAUCAGUUUCACAAGA